GCUGACUCUGGCGGUGGUAGCAUGUGCGUUCAGUGUUUCCGUUGAGUUGCGACGUGCCCUCCAGUCUUGAGUAUAUGAAACAUUUUGACGACUUUCAGAGUAAAAACUAUUUUCCAGCUAAAUUAUGGUGAACUGAUUGAGCGGCUCGAGUCUCUUUCAGUAGCGUAGUUGACUGAUACUACAGGCGGCACCCACCAAGGAAGAAAAACGGCAUUACUAAUCACCUAAGAGCAAUAUUUUAGUUUCUGCAGUAGGAGUCUCCUGCAUCGGCUCGACUGAAGGUCAGUAAAAAGGAACGAUGGCGGGGUGCAACUUUUAUCCAAGAUUGACAAGCUUUGUGCUGCUCUUCUCCAUCAUCUCUGCAUCGACCGCUUACGCUGACAGCGGCGAUGCUGCGUUGCCUGAAGAAGUUAACGCAGGAGCUUCCUACACAACCCGCAUGCCUCCUGCGAAUUCGGUUGUCAUGGAGGGUAUCAGAUCUCAAAUUGAGGAAGGAGUAAGCGAUACUUUCGGACUCGGUCCUGCGCGCGAAAGACCGCCAUCGAUAGCAGGCAACAUUGGGAAAACUUUUCCAAGCUCAUUUGGCCCAUAUCUGAACAGACAGGAUGGCAGCCUAGUUCCUGGCCCGCCAACGCCAUCAAACCAGGAUGAUCUACCUGGGAUUUUGCUAGACAGAGUGGAAAAUAAAGUACGCGGAGUCACUGACGCGGUGCUGAAUAUUCCCCGCGUAGUAACUACUCUUUCGUCCAGUGUCUUGGGCUCCGUUCGUCCUCCUCUUGGAAUUUUUCCCUUUAUUGAUGGAGGAAGUCUAGUGUACCAGCCAGGAUAUACUAGCGUAGUAACUUCCGGAAUCAGUCGUCCGGUUGGUCAACCUACUGUCGAUACCAAUUUCUCUCCCGCGGUCCGACCGAUAAAUACGAACAACUACCAGCCAUACAACCCCAAUGUUGGCAACACCCAAUACUAUCCCAUUUCUGCUAGCUCUGGUAGUCAGUUACCAGGUAACAACGCAUACAACUCUAAUCGUGGAUCAAGUUCUUCCUCUGAUAAACCCAACACCAACCCUUUCCCGAUUGUAGUUGUUGAUCCUUCGCAUGGCCAAGGCAAUGCGCCCGCUCCUCAGGUCCCGCCUCGUGCCUCUAGUGUAUCAACUAUCCCGGUUGCUUCGGGUGGAGCAAUUCCUCCUAAAGACUACAAACCUCAAGAUAAACCUUUCGUCAUAAACCUGCCAGAGAAUUUUGAUGCGACAGGUCCAACAACUAACCCGAAUUCCCGACCUACCACUCCCAAUCAAAACGGAUUUAAUGCCCAUGAUCGAGUACCACAAUCCGGUAAUGGCUUCCCUGGACCGGUUGCAUUUGUUCCUCAGGGACCGACAUCUAACAACCGACCCACGCAUUUCGAACCCGACCAGAAUUCUUACGGUGACGGGCAAGAUAGAUUUGGCCAAGCAACACCCAGCGUCUAUUCGGUGACACAUGGAAUUCAAGAGUUCACUCAAGAUCUAAUUUUAACUUUCCGAAAUUUAGGCAUUAGUGAUAAUGUGGUUUUUUCUCCGAUCAGUGUUGCCAGCCUUUUAGCUCUGCUAACUCUAGGAACGAGUGGAGUUACAUCUCAAGAAAUUGUAAAAGCCUUGGGUUUAUCAAACUCUGACAGUUCUACCGCAUAUCACACUCAGUACGAAGAUAUUUUGCGACGACUCAACUACGAAACCAAUAAAAUAAUAAUAAGCACUGCUAGUCGUCUUUUCUUGGAAGAAACCACCCCUGUCAGUGAAACUUUCGUAUCGCAGGCUGGUGAACAUUACAAUUGCACCGUAAGCUUAGAAAACUUCCGUGAACGGCCCGUCCAAACCCAGACUCGCGUCAACCAGUGGGUGGAGGAUGCAACGCAAGGUAAAAUAAAAGACUUCAUCUCUUCGCCUUUCAGCCCAGACACCACAUUUGUGGCAGCCAAUACCAUUUAUUUCAACGGCGCUUGGGAAACUCCUUUUCCAGUAGACUUCACAAUGGAAGGCGCAUUUGACACGGGUGUGAGGAACAUCAGCGUUCCUAUGAUGAGCAAUACAUUUGAUACCGACUACUAUUAUAGCCCUGAAUUCAACCUCGACAUCACUGCUAUCCCGUACGUUGGUGGAGAACUUUCAAUGAUAAUCAUCUUGCCCAGAGAAUCUCCGCGAGUCAAGUCCAUCCAGGUACUUGAGAGACAGCUAGACCCCAACGCGAUAAGAGAUCUAAUCUCAAAAAUGAGGAAAACCAGAGUUAAUCUCUCACUGCCUAGAAUGCGUUUGAACAUGAAGGCCAACAUGGUUUCUAGCUUGAAACAACUUGGCAUCAACAGCAUAUUCUCCCCCACGACAUCUGAUUUCAGUGGACUGACGAGUAAGAAGCCAAUUUGGAUCAGCCAGUUCCUCCACGAAGCCAUCGUGGAGAUCACCGAAACCGGUACCGUUGCUGCUGCCGCUAGUGGGGCGACGCUUGAUCGUAUAGGAGGAUAUCAACGUAUCAACGUCAACAAACCUGCCAUCAUUUUCAUCAGGGACAACGUGACACGCCUGCCUAUCUUCUGGAUGCGGCUUGUUCAACCAGAUAGGGUUGACGCCUAAACUAGUUGGGAUUUGUGUGACAAAAGUGUUGUCCAAUGGUUUUAUUUUGUUGCAUAGCUUAUGCAAUUGAUUCAUUGAUUUUCUUAGCAGAAAUAAUUGGAAUCGAAUCAUGACAUUCUAGUAAAUAAUUAUAUUAAUGAAUUAUAUUUAAUUACAUCAUUUUUUUGCUAACAAUCAUAAGAUAAUGCCAAUCCUGUCAAAGUGCGCAAUUUCUGAGUGAGAGUGUUAGGGUUUAGAUUAGAUUUAUAAAAACCCUAACAUAUUCUAUUUGUGUUUAGGUUUAGUGAAGCAAUAUUUUUCGUUCAUAAAUAUUUACUAGCCCACGGUUGAGUUCGUUAACAAAAUGCACCUACAGCGGACUAUUUUCAAAACGUUCAUCGAUCAUUCAAAUCACCAUGAAUUGUGUGGAAUUUUUUUUGCAGGUUCAGUUUUAAGAUGUCUUGACAAAUUUGUAUGCACAGGAAAAUCCUUCAUCUGCUUGGAACUCUGACAAUGUAUUUAUUAUUUAGCAGUUCAAUUCGUUUAUUGUGUUAUGCGAAAUGUAUCGAUGAGGUGAAAUGUAAUUUGAUUUAAUUUUUUUUAAUUCUAAGUUCAGCUCCAGCUUCAGUUGAAUUUUAAUCGAAUUUUUCUUCUGGAUAAACGUUUUUUAUGACAGGUUACCCCUGAUUGUGCAUGAAAUAUAUUGAAAAAUUUA